AUGCUUGCAGCAGAAAAGCACAUGGGCAACGGCUACCUGCAGACACCACUCUCGCCCUCGACCUCUCAGAACCUCCGUCACAUCACCCCGGCCCAGCGCCGUCAGUCGGCUAUCCGCCCAACGACCCUGUAUACGUCCUUGUCCCCGCGACCUCAUGUGGUCCGCGACGCGAACACCGGUCUCGAAACGACUGCGCCAACCAUCGAGUCCUAG